AUGGAGCCCAGGAGGAUGGCGCCGGGGGCUCAGGGCCUGGGGUCCCGAGUGGCGGCGGGGUCAGGGACGGCGGCGGAGCUUGUGUAUCACCUAGCGGGGGCCCUGGGCACUGAGCUACAAGAGCUGGCGCGCCGCUUCGGGCCGGAGGCGGCAGCCGGGCUGGUGCCGCUGGUGGUGAGGGCGCUGGAGUUGCUGGAAAAGGCUGCUGUGGGGCCCGCCCCUGACUCGCUGCAGGUGUCGGCGCAGCAGGCCGAGGUGGAGCUGCGGCGUCUGCGGGAGGAAAACGAGCACCUCCGCAGGGAGCUGCGCGCCGGGCCGCAAGAGGAGCGCGCUCUGCUGCGGCGGCUCAAGGAGGUGACCGACAGACAGCGGGACGAACUCCGGGCGCACAGCCGCGACCUGCUUCAGCGGAGCCAGGAGACCGAGGCGCUACAGGAGCAGCUGCAGCGCCUCCUACUGGUGAACACGGAGUUGCGGCACAAACUGGCGGCCGUGGAAACCCAGCUGCGCUCCGCGCGUGACCGCGAGAGGGAGCGAGAGCUGCCGCGCCGAGGGGCGCCGGAGCCGGGGGGCGCACCCGAGCCCGCAGGCGCAAGAACCCCUAGGUCUCCUGAAGACCCGGUGGAUGCCCAGCAGCCAGGAUGCCCCUCCAAGGCAGUGCAGUGCGACUUCAGUCGACAGGAGCUUCAGCAGAUCCUUCGGGAGCGGAAUGAGCUCAAAGCCAAUGUGUUCCUGCUGAAGGAGGAGUUGGCCUACUUCCAGCGGGAGCUACUCACAGAUCACCGGGUUCCUGGACUUCUACUUGAAGCCAUGAAGGUAGCUGUCAAGAAGCAGCGGAAGAAGAUCAAGGCCAAGAUGUUAGGGACCCCAGAGGAAGCCAAGAGCAGUGAUGAUGAAGAUGACUCAUGGCUCCUGCUCUCCAGUGAUAAGGAAGACCACCCUCCACCCCCUGAGUCCAGAAUACAGAGUUUCUUUAGCCUGUGGUAUCAGGGUGAAGCGAAGGCCCCUGAAGCUGAGAAGAGCAGCACAACUCCCAGCAUACCAAGGAGAGAAGAUGUCCCACAGCACCCCCACUUGGAGCCUGUGGACAGCCAUACAACUCCCAACUCUUGAUGGGCCCUGCUCUGUGCACAAUGAACAUUUGUCUGGGGUCUCAGCUGCCCCAGAUGCCUGACUUUGGAGUCUGGCUGUGGGUGGAUAUGACCUUAAGUGAGGACAGAGCUGCUCCCUCCUUCCUAGCCCCAGCCUCUUUCCAGUCCUGACCUGAGCCAGGGCAUAUUAGGGAGCCCAGCCACCUUCCUUGUCUCUACCCCAAGCCUCUGAGUCAGAUCGAAGUGCUUCCUCUCUGACUCUCAGGUUUUCCCCUUCUGUGAAAUGGAGAGCUCACUACCUGCCUCCAGGGGUUGGUGGCUUAAGCUAAUGUAAUAAAACAACUUCCUGUGAU